UCAGCAAUGGACAAAACUCCCCAAGAUCCAAAACCCGCCACCGCCACCGCCACCGCCGCCGUCGACGGCGUUUCAGCCGGAAAGACGAAGCAAAUGUGGGACUGCGGAAGCUCUCUCUACGACUCAUUCGAGCUGAGGUCAUUCGAGCGCCAGCUCAACUCAGCUAUAGAUUCUAGAAGCUUCUCGAUGCCCCAUUUACCCGAAAACCGCAGCCGCCGGACCAUACAGCUUCAUCCGCCGCCGCCUAAGGGAGCGCACUCGUCUCCGUCGUCCAAGAUUUCUCGGUCCUUCCAGAAGCUUCUGAAAUCUGUUUUCCGGCACAAACCAGCUGCCGUCGACGGUAACGGUGGCGCUAAGCAGCAGCGCCAGCAGCAGUUCCGAGUCUCGGAGGCGUCACGGAGCGGGUUGCUCAAGGCCAUUUGUGAGAAUUCCGAUGACGUGCCAGAGCGUUUGACGAUUCCGGAGGUCCCGGAGUACGAUAUGCUCUCGCCGGAGAUCAGAUCGUUGGUGCGGCGGACACCGUCCGAGCGGUUUAUGGCUUCUUCUAGUAUUGGUAUUUCAUGCGCUUAAUAAAUAUGGAGUAACACUAGUGAUAAUAAAAGCGGUCUCUGAUCGAGUCUCUAAUACAAGACGUUUCGAGUUCGAAACUCUCUCUUACCUAUAGAGUAAAUAAAGAAAAAAGGGAAAGUAUAUUUUGUGUUAAUUUGGUACAGAAUAUGUAAAUUUUUAUGUCUAAAGCUAAUUUAUAAUGUCCCAGCAAAUAUAUACUACGUACUUAAUUAUGGAGUGUUAUAAGCUAUUAAUAGUAUAUAAAUUGUCCUAAAUAGGAUUAAAAACGUUUUGAAAUUCGAAAAUGAGACUUUCAUGUUUUUAUUCUCAUAAUAGGAGUAAUUCUAACAAGUUUGAGAAAAAAAUGUUCAUGCUUAAACCCUAGUAAUGCCAAACUUGGCAGAAAUUUACUCGUGUUCGGGGAAUAAAAAUAUGAUAGUCCUAUUUUAGAAUUUAAAAACUUUUUUACUCCCAUGUAGGAAAUUUUCUCUUUUAAUAGUAUCAUGUGUUUGGUUUAGUGAUAGAGGUGUCUAUAAAUGCAUUCAAGUGUCCGUUUUAUUUCUAUAUAAGGAACAAUUUUGUUUUGAAAUAUUUUCAUUCAACCACUUACAUCACUCUCCAGUCUCCAUAGUGUUUAGACAGUUUAAAUCAAAAUAUGUAAUAGGAGUGUGUAAUAAAUGGUAUACAUGGAGUUAUUUGUGAUUCAAAUUUAGUAAUUAAUUAUUACACUCCGUACGCAACAAGUUUGGUUCAGGUAUAAAUGAUCAUAAAUGUGUAUAAAUGAAUUGUUUUAGAUAUAUAAUUAUAAAUGCAUCAAAUCAAAUGAUAAUAUUAAAAUACAGCGAAAUUAUGGGAAUGCAUGUGAGGGGUAAUGUAAGUGUAAAUCAGUGAUGGUUAGUGGUCGAUGAACGACAAGAUUGUAAAAAGGUUGUAGCUAUUACACUUCUGUUUGAUACUCCGAAUAAACAAUUAAUUAAUGUUAAUUAUAAAUGAUAAAUGUUGGAAAACAAUAAAAGAGGUCUAAUAUGUUAUUAAUUAAAAUGUGUUUACCAUCAGAUAAAUAAUACAUGGCUAUUCAUGAAAUAAUAAAAGUGUAGAUACCAGGAUAAUAUAUUUGUUUUGGUGACGAGUCAAAUUAAAUAUAUUACACUGAAGUGAUACAACGGUUAUGACCCCCGGUGCGUGUAAAUUAAGAGAUAACAAUAAAGAUAUUGUAACGGAAAAUAGCCUAAUAAAUUGUUCUAAAUAUUACCAUAAUUGUUGUAAUAAUUAAGGAGUUAUUAGAAUAUUAAGGGGCCAACCGUUACAACAUUAAACUAGUCCUAUAAAUAUCUCAUCUAUUGUGUGGGACUAGAGAUAAUCUCAUACAGUACAUAGCACUGGAAGGUUAGGCCGAUCAAUCGUGUUGGAUUCCGGGUCUUCUUAAAGUGUUAAUGCAAAUGAAUUCUCAAGGUAUUGUUCUAAUUUUAGUUCAUACAUAUUUGAUUUCAUUGAUUUAUAUGGAUUUAGCUAUUAUAUAUAUAUAUAUAUAUAUAUAUAUAUAUAUAUAUAUAUAUAUAUAUAUAUAUAUAUAUAUAUAUAUAUAUAUCACAUAUGGAGUUUUGUUGAUAUAUGUAUGAAUAUUCAACAAUUGGUAUCAGAGUCUACCAUUAUAGAUCCAUGGAAUUGUUUUUUUGAUUCCAUACGUGUGUUCAUCGUGUUGUCUGGAAUUUGUUUUUUUAUUGGAGUCUUGUGCGGCAUGUUAUUAUUGAUUAUUAAGUGAUGAAUUAGUGAGGUUUUUUGUCGAUUCAUUUAUCAAGAAUAUCACUGCUUCAAUUUUUGUCCUCUGCCAGAUUCAUAUUCGCAUGAAACAUUGUAUCAUUUUUCGUUGGGUGUUUGAUUAAGCGAUCGGAUGAAAUCGAUUCAUGUCGUCUGAUUUUUUCGGUGCAUGUUGAUCCAUAAUUAAAUGCUUCAUUUGUUCUAAUCGAUCCCACGUUUUCUGUUUCAUGCAUUGAUCGCAUUUUUUUAUUAAUGCCUCUGCGAUUUUGCAUUGACAUAAUACUCCGUAUUACUGUGGUUUUAAAUCAAUACUUUAACAUAUAUGAAAAUAUGGUGCUCAAAGAUAAUCAAGUGGCAUCCGUUUUCUUUUAUGCUCAAAAGUCUCUUGCCAUGCCAUUGAGUUGUGUGCCUGGAUAAAAUCUUGAUAUUUAAAGUUUGUUUUUCAUUAAUUUGAUCAUACAAUAUUAUGAAUUACUGCUGAACUAUUGAUUUUUAAACCGGCUAGCAAUUUUUUAAGUUUGAUUAAUUUCAUGCUAUAAUUAUUAUCAAACAUUGUGAAUCAAAUUGCCGCUGAUCAUGUACAUUUAUAUGAUUGCCGUAAGCCAAUUUUUAAAGAAGUAUUGCGGUAAGAAUUUUUGAACUGUGAUGAAAUUGUAAAAUAAAAGGAGUUUAAUAUUUAAAUGGGUAUAUAGAAAUAAUAUGUCACCAAAGUGAUCCUAUUAUGUAAGUUGCUCAUAUGAAAUAUUAAACAUAGUAUAUACUUUGUAUAUAGUUCAAGUAAAUAUUAAUCGGCCCAAAUGAAGAUUAAUAUUUUAUCAAGAUAUAUAUAUAUAUAUAUAUAUAUAUAUAUAUAUAUACACAUUUUGGUAAUAAUAAAUAUAUAACAAUUAUAAGGCUGCACUUAAAAAAAAAUCAACCCAAAGGUGUAUUUUUCUUUUAUAUGUAUUAUUGUUAUAUUUUAUUGUUACAACAAGAGUACCACUAGCAAUUAGUAUUAUUGUCCAAAGAUGAAAUAUUAAUGGUGCAUUUGGUAUCUUGUGAUGGGUUAAAAACAUUUUACAAUUUCACUAAAAUAUAUGUUUAUUGUCUUGUUAUUUCUACAGUUAUUUUUCGAGCAUAUCUGUCAAUCUCAACUCCAUCCCUGUCCUAAAUGGUACUAACUUUAAGGAAUGGAAAGAAAAUAUUCUAAUAACUUUGGGCUGCAUGGAUCUUGACUUAGCAUUAAGGGUAGAGCAACCUGCUUCUCUUACGGAUGGUAGUACCCAAGAUGAAAAAAGGUACUAUGAGAAGUGGGAUCGCUCGAAUCGCUUAAGUCUUAUGAUCAUAAAGCGUGGCAUUCCAGAAUCUUUUAGGGGUGUUGUAUCCGAUGAGGUUACUAAUGCCAAUGAUUUCAUUUCUGAAAUUGAGAAACGUUUUGUUAAAAGCGAUAAGGCGGAAAUAAGCAUGUUAUUAAAAGACUUUACUUCCAAAAGGUAUUCAGGAAAAGAAAAUAUAAGUGAGUAUAUUAUGGAAAUGUCUUAUAUUGUUUCUAGGCUCAAGACACUUAAGAUUGAGAUAUCGGAAGAUGUUCUCGUACACAUAGUCUUGAACUCUCUUCCUAUUGCAUUUGAUCCUUUUAAGGUUAGUUAUAAUUGCCAAAAGGAGAAGUGGUCUCUUAAUGAGCUCAUUUCAUAUUGCGUGCAAGAGGAAGAGAGGAUGAAACAAAAUAAGACAGAAAGUGCUCACUUGGCUAGUACCUCUAAGGAUAAGAGUAAAAAGAGGAAGAGAACUCCCAUUAAGAAUGAAGGUGCUAAAGAUCCAGUACAGAAGAAACAUAAGGAAGGUGAAACAACUUGUUUCUUCUGUAAAAAGUCUGGACACAUGAAGAAGGAUUGUACCAAGUAUCACGCUUGGAAAGUGAAGAAAGGGUUGUCUGAGCCACUGCAAGCCCAAUGAUGCUGAAAGAUGCGUCUAUGUGGGAGAUGGCAAAGCAGUGGAUGUGGAGGCUAUUGGACAUUUUAGAUUGUUAUUGUCUACUGGUUUCUAUUUGGAUUUAAAAGACACUUUUGUUGUUCCAUCAUUUAGGCGGAAUUUGGUUUCUGUUUCUUAUUUGGACAAAUUAGGUUAUCAUUGUUCUUUUGGAAACUUCCGAUUUAAUUUGUCUUUAAAUUCAAGUAAUGUGGGGGCUGGUUCUUUUAUGUCAUAUGACAAUCUUUACAUGCUUGAAACAAUAACUUCAUAUAAUAAUGUUUUGAAUACUGACACCCGAGGCACUAAGCGAAAGGUUGAUAAUGCACAAUCUGGUUUUUUAUGGCACAAACGAUUAGGUCACAUCUCUAAAAAUAGAGUUGAACGUCUUGUGUCUGAUGGAACACUUGAUUCCAUUGAUUUUUCUGAUUUCAAUACUUGUAUUGAGUGCAUUAAAGGAAAACAAACCAAAAAUAAGAAUAAAGGAGCAUAUAGAGCUACAGAUGUCUUAGAAUUAAUACACUAAUAUUUGUGGGCCAUUUCCUACUCCUUCAUGGAAUGGUCAACAAUAUUUUGUGUCAUUCAUAGACGAUUACUCUAGAUAUGCUUACUUAUUUCUUAUACAUGAAAAGUCUCAAGUCUUGGACGUGUUUAAAUCUUACAAAGCGGAAGUUGAGAAUCAACUCAACAAACGCAUAAAGAAAGUCAAAUCCGACCGUGGGGGUGAAUACUAUGGAAGGUAUAAUGGCUCAGGUGAACAACGCCUAGGGCCUUUUGCCAAAUUUCUAGAGGAAUGUGGGAUUGUCCCUCAAUACACCAUGCCGGGUUCACCUAGCAUGAAUGGUGUAGCUGAGAGACGUAAUAGAACCCUUAAAGAAAUGCUAAGAAGUAUGAUUUCUCAUUCUAUCUUACCGGAAUCCCUCUGGGGUGAGGCAUUAAAGACCGCAACUUACAUUCUUAAUCGAGUGCCAACUAAAGCAACUACUAAAACACCUUAUGAGCUUUGGACGGGUAAAAAGCCUAGUUUAAAGCAUUUUCAUGUUUGGGAUUGUCCAGCUGAGGCAAAGCCGUAUAGGCCACAUGAAAAGAAACUGGAACCCAAAACAGUUAGUAGUUACUUUAUUGGUUACUCGGAACGAUCUAGGGGAUAUAAAUUUUAUAAUCCUGAGGAUAAAAAUAUUUUUGAAACGGGAACUGCCAUAUUUUUCGAGGAUGUUGAGUUUGGGGGUAAGAAUAAAGUUAGUGAUAUUGUCUUUGAGGAAGAAUUGAUUUCAAUACCUAAACCAAUUCAUAUGGAUGUUUCUUUUGAAACUAAUGAGGAACCUCAACAAGGCAUUAUUUCAUCUUCUCCUUUCCAAACUGAACAAAUUGUUCAAAAUGAACAAACUCAACUUCCUCUAGAACAAGUGCAAAAAGAAGAUGUUCCAUUGCGGCGAUCCACUAGAGAAAGGAGAUACGCAAUUCCAAGUGAUUAUGUUGUAUAUCUCCAAGAACAUGUGUCAAGCAUGGAUACAAUGAACGAUGUCCUUGUGUUUAUUCCAGAACAUGAGGAAGAAAAUGGUGUUAUGGAAGAUGAUCCAAUCAACUUCCAUCAAGCCAUGAAAAGUUCAAAUGCUCAAAAAUGGAUUGUUGCAAUGAAUGAGGACUAUAAAUCUAUGCAAGACAAUAAAGUUUGGGAACUCGUCCCAUUAUCUGAAGGUUGUAAACCCCUUGGUUGUAAAUGGAUUUUUAAAACCAAAAGGGAUUCAAGGGGUAAUGUGGAGAGAUAUAAAGCUCGUCUUGUAGUUAAAGUUUAUACUCAAAAGGAAGGAAUUGAUUAUAAAGAGACCUUUUCUCCGGUUUCAUCAAAGGACUCUUUUAGAAUCAUUAUGGCUUUAGUUGCACAUUUUAAUUUAGAGCUUCAUCAGAUGGAUGUUAAGACAGCGUUUCUCAAUGGUGACAUUGAUGAAACUAUUUAUAUGGUGCAACCAGAAAAUUUUGUGAUAGGAGAUCCCAAACAAAUGGUUUGCAAAUUAACAAAAUCCAUCUAUGGGCUAAAACAGGCUUCUCGUCAAUGGUAUCACAAAUUUCAUCAAGUCAUUUUAUCCUUUGGUUUUAAGAUGAAUGAUGUAGAUGAUUGUGUAUAUCAUAAGUUCAGUGGGAGUAAUUUUUUUUUCUUGGUCUUAUAUGUUGAUGACAUUCUUCUUGCCACCAAUGACAUAGGCAUGUUGCAUGAAACCAAGAGAUUUCUAUCAAAAUAUUUUGAAAUGAAAGAUCUUGGUGAAGCCUCCUUUGUAUUAGGAAUUGAAAUCCUUCGUGAGAGAUCACAAGGAAUCUUAAGGUUAUCACAAAGGAACUAUGUCGAUAAGGUGCUUAAAAGAUUUGGCAUGGAAGAUUGUAGACCGGGUGAUACCCCUGUCUCUAAAGGAGACAAGUUUAGUCUCGAUCAGUUCCCUAAACCAAACCUGGAAAUUCAAGAAAUGAAAAAGAUUCCCUACGCAUCUGUUGUAGGAAGUCUUAUGUAUGCCCAAGUUUGUACGCGUCCGGAUAUUGCAUACAUUGUUGGGAUGCUAGGCAGAUAUCUCAGUAAUCCAGGAAUGGCUCAUUGGGUGGCGGCCAAAAGAGUUAUGAGAUACUUGAAGAGAACAAUGGACUAUAUGCUUACACAUAGAAAAUCAGAUCAUUUGGAGGUCGUUGGAUACUCUGAUUUUGCUGGCUGCAAAGACACUAGUAGAUCUACUUCAGGUUAUCUUGGAAAAGUGUUAAGCAAGAUAUGAUAGCUACCUCAACUAUGGAGGCAGAGUUGUUGGCCUGUUUUGAAGCUUCAAACCACAGAAUAUGGAUGCGUAAUUUUAUUGAUGGACUAAAAAUAUUAAAUGAAGUACCAAAGCCUAUCAAGAUAUUUUGUGACAACAAUUCUACGGUGCUUUACUCUAACAACAACAAGAGCUCGAGUAAGACAAAACACAUUGAAGUGAAAUAUCGAGCUAUUAAAGAAAGGAUUCAGAAUAAAAGGGUCACUAUUGAACAUAUAAGUACAAACUCCAUGCUAGUGGAUCCUUUAACCAAGGGUCACCCACCAAAAGUUUUUCAUGAGCACACUGCUCACUUGGGAGUCAUUGAUUUUAAGGAACAUCGAGUUUAGUGGGAGUUUAUAAGUUAUGUUUGAUGUAUUUGUUUUCUGAUCAGAAUAAAGUUAGACAUUUGGUGUAUUCUGAACAAUUAAGUUAUUAAAGUUUAAAGUUUAUUAAAGAAGGGUCAGUUGAAAAUUGACAUGUACACAUGCCACAUUUCAUGUAAUUUUCAUGCUACACAUUUCAUGAUUGAUCUAUGUCAUUAUGUUAUAUUGAUAUUAGUAAUCAUUGAUGGUAUAGUUAUGUUUAACAUAACAAAAUGCUGCAAUGGUUCUAUACUAGUGUGACUGAUGGACCAGAUUGUUUAAGGAUGUUGUUUUAUAUGAUGGUAUUUUUGAGCUCAUAAAGAUAACACAUUUUAUUAAGAAUUACAUAUAAGGCCCAGUGGGAGAUUGUUGGAAAACAAUAAAAGGGGCCUAAUAUGUCGUUAAUUAAAAUGUGUUUACCAUCAGAUAAAUAAUACAGUGGCUAUUCAUGAAAUAAUAAAAGUGUAGAUACCAGGAUAAUAUAUUUCUUUUGGUGACGAGUCAAAUUAAAUAUAUUACACUGAAGUGAUACAACGGUUAUGACCCCCGGUGCGUGUAAAUUAAGAGAUAACAGUAAAGAUAUUGUAACGGAAAAUGGUCUAAUAAAUUGUUCUAAAUAUUACCAUAAUUGUUGUAAUAAUUAAGGAGUUAUUAGAAUAUUAAGGGGCCAACCGUUACAACAUUAAACUAGUCCUAUAAAUAUCCCAUCUAUUGUGUGGGACUAGAGAUAAUCUCAUACGGUACAUAGCACUGGAAGGUUAGGCCGAUCAAUCGUGUUGGAUUCCGGGUCUUCUUAAAGUGUUAAUGCAAAUGAAUUCUCAAGGUAUUGUUCUAAUUUUAGUUCAUACAUAUUUGAUUUCAUGGAUUUAUAUGGAUUUAGC